GUGUGUGUGAGAGAGAGAGAGAGAGAGAGAGAGAGAGAGAGAGAGAGAUCGCUCCUUGUCUUUCAGGUUUUCUCCCCGCGAGCACUACAGUACCUGGUCGCGCCCUGCUGGAGGUGGAGCUCGAGCUCGACUCUUUUUCAGGUUCCAGGAGUUCCUUAUUCAGCUCGUUUGUGUGCGUGUUCGGUGAUCACGCGAGUGUGUGAUCAGGAUGUCGGAUAUGGCGCACGAGCCCCCGGACUUUAAGGACAUGGGCGAAGAGGAGCUGUGGGAUCUGAUUAGCGACAGCCGGCACGCGAUCUGUCUGGGAGUGCGCCCGUGCAUGCUCAUCCCGUACCUGCGGCAGGCGCGCGUGCUCAGCGACCUGGACGAGGACGAGAUUCUCACGUGCCUCAAGUUCACCAACCGCAGCAUGAGGACCAGUCACAUGCUGGAUCUGCUGCGUAUCCAAGGGCGUAAUGGAGCUGUGGCUCUGCUGGAGGGUCUGAUGAUCCACUACCCCACCCUCUACACACAGGUCACGGGCCGAACCCCCAGCACCGAACCAAGCCACUUCAGCGGGUUGAUAAAGUACUCGGAGCUGACGGAGUAUUUGGUGCGGGUGGUGACGGGGAUGCAGAAGGAGCUGCAGGCAGAGCGUAAUGGAGCGGCGCAGCUGCGCUCGCAGUGUUGUAGCCUGCAGACGGAGCUGUCGCGCAUCACAAAGCAGCUGGAAGACCAGAAAAGCCUUCAGAUGGAACACACACGCCUGCGCAAGUCUCACACAGACAUUCACAGGGACCUGCUGAAGCUGAAGGAUGAAAAGUGUGACCUGUAUGUACGAUACGCUGCAGCAGUGGAGGAGAAAUCAGAAGUGAACAUUCGCUGUAGAGACCUAAACCUGCAGGUGUACCAGCUGCAGUGUGAAUUAAGAAAAGCUCAGACGGAGUCAGAUUUUCAGAGAACUCGGUCAAUGAGAAGAGCGUCAACCAGCGAGACCCAGCAGCUACAUGAAGAGAUCCUCACACUGCGCAGACAACUGCAGCAAGCCGAGAACAUCACCCCGGCAUGUCAGGACAUCCUGGCUCAGGAUUUGGAGGAAGCAAAAGAUCGGCGCACUGAACUGGCUGAAGAACUGCGAAGACUUCAAGACGAGAACGAGGCACUGACGAGGGAGAGAAGUGAACUGUUGGAGAAGAAGGACUGUUUCACUCUGCAGGUGCAGAAGUUGACCUUGGACUGUGAGAUGUAUCAGCAGAAAAGUUCUGUCUUCCAAAACCAGUUUGGAGAGCUGAAGGCAGAGCGAGACAGGGCAUACCUGGCACGUGACGAGGCUCAGGCACAGAUCGCGUGUAGUCUGGCAGAGAAGGACACGUUGAGAGCUCAGCUGGUGGAUCUUCAGGAGGAAAUCUUCACUCUCAGAGCACAAAAGACCCAGAGAGACCCCGAGCAGUGCAGCGACAGAUCAUUAAACUGGGACAGCGGGAGAGAAAUGAGCUGUGACACUCCUCUGUCCAGCCCCAUGCGUCGACCAAGACUGCGGCGUAUGAACGCUCUGCCGCCCGGCUGCUCCAACAGCUUCGAAUUCAAUAAACAGUACAGUGAUGAUGGGUUUAAUAGCGCACGAUCCAGUCUGGUGGAACCUCCAUGUUCAGACUCUCUGCGGAGGAGAGGAACAGAUCCAGAGUUUAGUGACCACAGUCUGGAGAUAUGUGACGAGUCCUUCUGCAUGCUUACCCUGGAGAGUGAUUUUGAGUUUCUUUGCCAAGAUGAAGACGAGGGGAAAACCUUAGUGUGUCCUGACUCUCCUGACACACCGGGCAUGUCUCGGGCGUCGGCUCCUCCGUUCCUCAUGCGUUCUCGUCCUCAGGCUGUGCGCAUCACCAGCCGAGCCCUGACUCUGUCCUUCCAGGGUGAGGCGCUGCUGAGUCAGCUGCAGGUCAUCGGUGGGAAUAAGACAGGUGUCUUCGUCAGUAACGUCAGCGAGGGUUCGCCCGCCCAGAGCGUGGGCCUUCGCCCUGGGGCUCAGAUCCUGGAGGUAAAGUUCCAGAAGGAGCAGCGAGCUCUCCGGAUGCACCUGGAAGACUCCACCAUGGAGGAGGCUCUGUGGGCUCUCGGGCAGGUUAACGGCCCCUGCAGUCUCUCACUGAGGCCAAAACAAGAUGCCUAUCAGAAUCUUCUCCAGCAACUGAAGAACAACGAGGUCACCUCAGGCGACUCCUUCUACGUUCGCGUAAACAUGUCGCUGCCAGGGGGCGGGGCCGGGAUGCUCUCCGUCACGUGUAACGACAUCCUGCACGUGACGGACAGCCACUACGGUUCUGUCGGCUACUGGUGGGCGAGUAAAGUCCACGACAGCCAGCUGAUGGACCUGAAGAGUGGACGUGUCCCAAAUUUCUACAGAGCGCAGAGGCAGUUAAUCCGAGCGAUUGAGGAUCUUUCCUUUCAACAUCAAGCACCAAGAAGGGUGGAGCGGGCACAGGUGAAGAAGAAGGCAGUGCGGAUCGUCAGUACAGCACGCCAGGGCAGGAACCCACUGUGGGUCAGUGUGGAGGAAGACAACAACACGAACUCACAAAGUGAUGAUGGAAAGCCCAGCUCUGUGAGCCUGAUGCCCUACACGCUGGUGACCCCCCACCACCCCCCCGUGUGCCGCCCUGUCCUUCUUCUACCCACAAUCCUCAGGGGCAUCCUUGAUAAACGCCUGGCUGAGCAGCUGGGAUACCAGAUGUGUGAACCAGAAACUCUGAGUGCGGCUGAACACUCGGCGCGGAUGCAGAAGGGAGAGGUUCUGGAGGAGUGUGAGCCGAACACACACCGCUGUUACACCGUGCAGGGAGUCGAGAAGAUCAUGAAGCAUGGCACUCACUGUAUUCUCCCGUUGGGGUUGGAUUGUGUUCGGCGUCUGCAUCGAGCAGAGAUUUUCCCCAUCAUCAUCUUUGUUGCAUCUUCGGAGCGCAGCGCUCGCAAAUUCAAACACAAACUUCGUCAGAACUUGAUCACGGAGAAUCAGCUGCUGGAGUGUUCCUGGAGCGAGGAACCUUUGCUGGACAAGCUGCCCUGCCUGUACCGCACCGUUCACCCUGACAGCUGGAACGACAGCGCCACCCUGCUGGACAACCUGCAGAACAUUGUCCAAGAGGAGCAGCGCAAAAUCGUCUGGGUCGAACCGGACCUCUGGUGAUCGACGCUCGAAACUCAACACUGAACUGAUUGAUGAGAUCAGAACACUACACUUUACUGAUGACUUCUCAUCUUCUGUAGGUCACAUGACCAUCCUGUGGUGUACGACUUCAUUACAACUGUUUUUUUUUAUCUGUGGUGAACAAACAGGUGACAAAAAACGAGCCGUAAAUUCAUGCUGAAUAAUUAUUAUUUAAUAUUUGGGGGUCUGGAGAACACAGAAUCAGGUUCUGCAGGAUGUUACACAUCUUCUGUACACUCCAGGAGGAAUGUAGGUGUGUGUUAAUAAUAAGUCUAUAAUUAUA